AUUUCUAUUCUGGAAGCACGUCCUGAGUUUUGGAACUACAUUUCCCAUCGGGCUUUGGGUGCAGCAAUCAGGAAGUGAUACACCUUGUACUGAAUAAGUUUGAAGCUCGUGGUUUUCUUCACAUUUAGUUGAAUCUAAAAUGAAAAGUCCUGCAAAGUGACUGCUCUGUGACCAUGGAUUAACAAACAACAGUCAACUGGAUUACUUUUAACCUGAAGAAUUUAGAAACAUGAAGAUUGGGCUGCAAGAUUGGUGUUCUUCAGGAAGAACCUUGUGAUGGCUACGCUGGUUUUGGGACACCUGUCAGCGAUAGCUAAUAACAGAAAACGACCUGGGUGGGGUGAGUCCUCCUCAGAGGAACUGGAAAGGGAUUGCUAUCGCUCUGCUGGUCAUCCUGGUGGUCUGCUCCCUCAUCACCAUGUCUGUCAUUCUCCUCACACCAGUUGACAGCCAGGCUGGGAGCGACACCAAACUGACGGUGGAGGAUCUGUUCAAACCGGAGUUCAAAGUGCACGACCCGGAGGCCAAAUGGAUUAACGACUCUGAAGUCAUCUACAGAAACACCGAUGGUCAUGUCAUCAGGUUCAACAUCCUCACAAACGAAACAGAGAUUGUUCUGACAAACACGACAUUUAUCAAUUUCAACGUGGAAAAGUAUUCCAUCUCCCCAGAUCUGAAAUAUGUUCUCUUCGCGUAUGAUGUCAAACAGGUUUACCGGCACUCCUACAUGGCCUCCUACACCAUCUACAACAUUCACACACGGGAGGUUUGGGAGCUGGACCCUCCUGAGGUGGUGAACUCUGUGCUGCAGUAUGCCGCCUGGGGAGUUCAAGGACGACAGCUGAUCUACAUAUUUGAAAACAACAUCUACUACCAGUCGGACGUGAAGAGUAACUCCCUCAGGCUAACGUCCUCAGGAAAGGAAGGGAUCAUCUUUAAUGGGAUAGCUGAUUGGCUCUAUGAAGAGGAGAUCCUCCUGACCCACGUGGCUCACUGGUGGUCUCCUGAUGGAGAGCGUUUGGCCUUCCUGGUCCUUAAUGACAGUCUGGUGCCCAACAUGGCUCUACCUCGCUUCACCGGCAUGACAUACCCCAAAGGAAAGCAGUACCCAUACCCCAAGGCCGGCCAGCCCAACCCGGCAGUGAAGCUCUUCGUGGUUAAUCUUUACGGGCCUACGCACACGCUGGAGCUGAUGCCUCCAGAGACGCUCAAACUGCGGGAACAUUAUGUGACCAUGGUGAAGUGGAUCAGCAAAACCAAGACAUCCGUCAGGUGGCUGAACCGGGCCCAGAACAUCUCCAUCCUGACUGUGUGUGACACCACCACGGGAGCCUGCGUCACGAGACAUGAAGAGAGCUCGGAGCUCUGGCUGUCUAAGCAGACCCAAGAACCGGUGUUCUCCAAAGACAGCAGCAGAUUCUUCCUGACUGUGCCGGUCAAACAGGGAGGACGUGGAGAGUUUCAUCACAUUGCCAUGUUCACAACACAGUUCAGAGCAGAUCAGAACGAAGUCCGACAUCUGACAUCAGGGAACUGGGAGGUGACCAAGAUCAUUGCGUAUGAUGAGAACACUGACAACCUGUAUUUUCUCAGUACAGAGGGUUCAUCACGCAGACGGCAGCUUUUCAGUGUUAAAACUGUGGGUUUGUUCCCUCGGCGGUGUUUGACCUGCGAGCUGAAUAAAGCUCACUGUCUGUACUUUGAUGCUGACAUCAGCCCCACAAACCACCACGUCAUCCUCAACUGUAAAGGUCCCGGAGCACCCACUGUGAUUUUGCACAGCCUCAAUAACUCAAAUUACUACAUCCUUGAGAACAAUGCUCUGCUGAAGGGAGCCUUGAAGUUCAAAAGGAUCCAGCUGAGUGACUUCAGGACGGUUCCCAUGGAACAUUUUGAUUUACCUCUGAAGAUCACCUACCCUCCAGACUUCUCUGAUUCACGUCACUAUGGACUGCUGUUGAUGGUUGACAGCGCCCCUGGUGGUCAGGCUGUGAGUGACCAGUUCUCUCUCAGCUGGGACUCAGUGCUGGUCAGCGCAGACAACAUCAUCGUGGCUCGUAUGGACGGUCGGGGCAGCGGCUUCCAGGGUCAGAGGAUUCUGCACGAGGUCCACCAGAGACUAGGGACUGUGGAUGUUCAUGACCAGAUUGCAGCCGUAGAGUACAUGAUGAAAUUUCCAUAUAUUGACCGGACAAGGAUAGCAGUGUUUGGCAAGGGUUACGGAGCUUACCUUACAUUGAUGAUGCUCAAGUCUACUGACAGCCUCUUCAAAUGUGCGUGUGCAAUGUCACCAGUGACGGACUGGAAACUCUAUGCCUCGGCGUUCUCGGAGAGAUACCUCGGCAUGCCAUUACGGGAUGACAGCAGAUAUCAGUUUUCCAGCGCGCUGCAGAACACUCAGGCUCUGAGGGAGCAGACGCUGAUGCUGGUGCACGGCACAGCAGACGCCAACAUCCACUUUCAGCAUACUGCUGAGCUCGUCAAGAACCUGGUGAAAGUCGGAGCAAACUAUUCCAUGCAGAUCUACCCAGACGAAGGCCACUUUCUGUCCCAGCAGAGCCGCCUGCACCUCUACUCCACACUGACCAGCUUCUACGGGGAGUGCCUGAAGGAGGAGUUAAUACCACUACCUGAUGAUGAAGAGGAGGAGGAAGAGUAGGCGGGAUGCUUCGAGGGUCAGACCUUUGGCAGAGCUUGAAGAGUUUAGCAGAAAUCCGUCAAGGCCUUUCGUGUUUGGACCAAGUCUUUAGCCGGACAUGGACACUGGGUUAGAGCUACUUAUGCUCUUAAAGCGUGUGUGUGUGUGUGUGUGUGUGUGUGUGUGUGUGUGUGUGUGUGUGUGUGUGUGUGUGUGUGUGUGUGUGUGUGUGUGUGUGUGUGUGUGUGUGUGUGUGUGUAUGUGCGUAUGUGCGUAUGAGUGUGUGUAUGAGUGUGUGAUUGUGUAUAAAUGUGUUGACAAGAUAACUGAAGGACACGACAGAGACACCUGCCGGGACUGGAGCUGGGAGCUGCCCUCUAGCAUAAAGUCAUUUCAGUUUUGGGACGCUCCGUUUCUCAGCAAAGCGUGCGGAAGACUGCCUCCAUCUUUCUGCAGACUUCCUGAAGUUGUAGUCAUCAACACUUAAACCAAGUGCAUGGUUCUUUUUUCCCCUCUCGGCUUUACCCAUUUCGCCAUGUUAGUCUCCUUUGUGGUAGCACUCGGGAGGAAAAGAACACAGAUGGACACCUUUGAUCUCACCUCUCCUUUGGUUGUUGUUGUAUCGUCGCACAAGGAGACUCUGCGGACAUGUUUAUCACCAAGUUCACCACAACCGAUUCUGAAUAAGUGCUAUUUCCUGCUGAACCCCCGCCAUCGCACACCCUAAAUGAAAACCGUCUUUAGAGGUCACACUUUAUUGUACAGGGGUCUUGUGUAGACAUGUACAAUGCCUUAUGAGGUACAACAUAUGUAAUAUUACCUGCUGGCAGUGGUAGUCAUCCAUUAGCAGUGUCAUGCUAACUUUUGUCAACUCAGGUCCUCGAGACACAGCAUUGCAGUCAGUUUAGUAUCUGAUUCCCUCCGUCAGCUGUCUGGUUAUGAUAAGUUAUGAGUUUAUGUGAAGGUAAUGGAUAUCGGCCAUACAGAAAAUCCACUUUAAGGCCACACUGCAAAAGUUCUCCAUCUUGAUGCAACAUUUGUUGAUAGUUUCCUGAAAUGACACAUUAAGUCUCCAAAUGAGGUGUGAGGAGAUCUCUCACUGUAUCUCCACCUCUGUCUCGAAGUCAAGACAAGUUUGACCUGUUACUGGAUAUUCUAGGAUAUUUCAGGAAAUGUGUACGUACCUGCAGGCGAUGCUUAAAGGGAAAGUUCGGAUAUUCUGAAGUGUAGUUGUAUGAGGGACUUAUCCACCAGGACAGGUGUGCUAGCACAUGGAACCUAAGUGACAUCCUGCUGUAGACUGAAAACAUAGUUUAGCAACUUAAAGAAGGUCACACUGAGACAUUGUUGAACUUUGUCAGUGCUUCACAUCAAUGAGAGUCCUUUCUUUUGGCUUUUACUUCUUUUAACCAUAGAAGUUCAUUUUUCCUACACAUGCAAACUCUACUUUUCAGAGAUUGUACAGUAUGUAAAUGCUUGUGUUUCUGCUGGUUACUGUUUAUUAUCAGUGCAAUCAGUGGAGUGAUAAUGGCCUUAAACAUCUAUGGCUAGCUACACUGACAAGAACAUGAACACACAAAAUAAGACUGAGAGACACCGGCUGAAGAGCACGUCUGCAUCCAACCAUCAUGAAAGACACUGCUCAAAACAAGAGUUUUUACCCCGUCUCUGUCAAUCAGUCUUGUCUGUAAGUUAGAUUCUGUGGUCCUGAAAGGUGCCAUAUUUUCCAGCAUUUAUUUAUUUAACUAUCUUGUCUCCUUCAUAGCAUGCUAGCAGCUAAUCUGAUUCAAAGAUGCAUCAAAAUACAUUCUAAAGUGAAGAAACCUUGUGCCAAGAGAAAGGACUGUUUGACCCCAAGGUGAAGUCAUGAAAGUUUAAAAAUAGUGUGAACAUUUGUUAUUUUCUUUUAAGGACGAAGCUUCUCUAUUUGGCUUUAAAACUAUGUCACACAACCCUGACUACAGCGGUACAUACGAUGCAGUAACUACUGAAAAGUAAUUCAUAUAAUCCCACUCAAAGAAAUCUGAACUUUCCCUUUAAUUUUGGUUGACUUCCUAUGAUGGACAAUUUCACAGUGUCAGUAAGGUGUUUGCAUGUCUACAGGGAAUGUGUCAAGUGUUGCCACAUUUUGUACAGUACAAUACAGCAGAGUGUGUACAUAAAUAUAUUUUUGAGAUGUCACAUCUCAUAGAUAGUUUAGUCUAUGGGGUUGGAUUGAUUUGACCUGGAUGUCUUGUACUUGAUUUGAUUGUUUUCCUUUCAGCUGUUGAUUUUCUUAGGAUGGAUUUUGUAAUGCUUGUUCUUGUUCUUUUUGCUGUUUUAAAGGGAAAGGGCAGGGUUGAGGUUUAAGGGUUAUCGUGAUUGUCCUCUAGUGAUGAUUAUAAAUAAUAAAAAAAACAGUAUGAAAACCGG